AUACGUAAAUUUGUCAUGCUGGACCAGUGCCACUGGGUCGAGUACAGCCAAAAGGUGGGACUUUCUCAGCUGGCUUUGCUUCUUCAACCAAUCACGUCCAGCUCAGAGCCUCUAUCACUUGCUCCUGUCAACGUCUCUCUCAACAUGGAUCUCUCUGUUCUCUUCCUCCUCCUCCUCGCCGCCGUUGCCACCACCGUCAACGCCACCGACCACAUUGUCGGAGCUAACAAAGGCUGGAACCCCGGCAUCAACUACACUCUUUGGGCCAACAACCAAACCUUCUAUGCUGGUGAUUAUAUCUCUUUUAGGUACAAGAAGACGGAGUACAAUGUGUUCUUAGUGAAUGAGACUGGAUACGAUAACUGCACUAUAGAAGGUGCAUUGGGGAAUUGGACAAGCGGAAAAGACUUCAUUAUGCUGAACGAAACAGAGAGGUACUACUUCAUUUGUGGCACCGGUGGUUGCUUAAACGGCAUGAAAGUUUCGGUGGUCGUUCAUCCUCUUCCAACUCCUCCGAUGUCUGCAAUUGUCCCUAGGCAUUCCUCCGAAAAGUCUGCUGCUCCGGCGGCGGCGCGUGGUUUUCGGUCACUACUGGCGAUGAGUUUUGCCUUUUUUGGAUUGACAUUAUGCGGUUCAGUUUGGAUCUAGCAAGUUUUUGGUCCCUUUUUUAUUUGAGAUUGUUAGCUCGAUUGAAUUCUGAAACUACCACGAACUAUGAAGUGUCAACUAUCAAGUGUGGAUCUGAUUUUUUAUUAUAUUAUUAUUCAUUCA